CACUCAUUUGACACCGCCGGCUUCUGUUGGAAAUGGCUCCCAGCCGGAGAAAGGGAGUUAGCAAGGCGUCCGCCGCCGCUGCCGCUCGCCGCCAAUGGAAGGUGGGCGAUCUCGUCCUCGCAAAGGUUAAAGGCUUCCCUGCGUGGCCUGCCACGGUGAGUGAGCCAGAGAAGUGGGGUUACAAUGCUGAUUGCAAGAAAGUACUUGUUUACUUCUUUGGAACCCAACAAAUAGCUUUCUGCAAUCCAGCUGAUGUCGAGCCAUUUACAGAGGAGAAAAAACAGUCUCUUAUUCUCAAACGUCACGGAAAGGGUGCUGACUUUGUUCGUGCUGUACGAGAGAUUGUUGAUAUUUAUGAUAGGUUGAAGAAAGAGGCUCAACUUGAUGAAGCUAGGUCUGAUGUUGAAUUUGCUAAUGCAAAUGUUUCAAAUUCACUUGAUUCAUCUGCCAAGGAUCAGAAUGACUCGUCCAUCAGGGAUCAGACAGAUGCUCCUGAGUUGGCUAUUAAUUUAUCAUUGAAAUCAUCAAAUUCCGUCACGAACAGACAUGAGCUGGCUUGUGCCACUGAGAAUGAUUCAGCUGCAGCAUUGGAGGAUGGGUCUCGUGGAAAUGUGGCAUCCUUGGAGGAUCCUACUGAUAAUACCGUUGCUGGAAAAUCAUCGAAGACUGUUACUUAUUCCUCUCGAAAAAGAUCUUCUGGCAACUUGCACUGUCAGGGCAAUGGAGCUCAAAGUCAUGCACCUUUACGAAAGUCCAGAAGCUUGUCACGGGUUCAAAACUCUGCAAUACAUGGCAGUGAUGGUGGAAAGCAUGCUGGUGAUCUGUCAGCUGAUGCAGAUCUGAGUGCAUCCACAAGAAGGAAUAAAUGUAGCAGGAAAUCACCUGAUCUUUCAAGCUGUGAUGAUUUUGGUUCAUCUGCUCGAGUCUCAAAUGAUAGCAUGGAUGAUGAUUCUGAAAUCCUCACAAUUGAUUCUGAGACAUUUAGUCUGAAUGAGGGCAGUACAAUAGAAUCAAAUUUUAAACAUGAAAAAUCUGAGGCUACUGAAUACUCAGAAGUUGGGUUGAGCAAAGGACAUGUUGAUACAAAGGCUGUAGUUAACAAGAAGAAAAGAAAACCAAAUAGGAAAAGGGAAACCAAUGAUGCCGCCAAGCCGAUCAGUAGAGUAGAGGAGAAUGCUGGCAGUGUGCAGAAUUCCAGUCAAAUUUCACAAAAUAUUUGUGGAAAUUCAGAAGAGAAAUGCAUUGAGCAAGAUGGAGAUGAACACUUGCCCCUUUUGAAACGAGCUAGAGUGAGAAUGAGUAACUUAUCAUCUACAGAGGUAGAAUUCAGCAACAUUAUUCGAGCUCAAGAAAAAACCUGUAAAGAAGAUAUUAAUUCACAACAGCAGAUGGUCACAUCUUCAAAUUGGGAGAACAGUCCUGCCGAUGGAGACUCAUCUGUAUUAAAUGGAGCUAUGGAUAAUGUUUCUCCUUCAAAAGUAUUAGUUACAUGUUUUGAGACUCAGAUUUGUAAUCCUAAGAAGGAAGAAUCACUGUGUUCUGUGGACGGUGAGGCUGCUUUACCUCCAUCGAAACGCCUUCAUCGGGCUUUAGAAGCCAUGUCAGCUAAUGUUGCUGAAGAAGGCCAAACUCAUAUGGAAGUGUCAUCUUCCAUAAUAACAUCUAGUGUUACAUGUGUAUCUUCUAUUGAGAGGUUUCUGUGUAUCGCCAGUAAUAAUCAUGAAGAUAAUGAUGUAGGAUUGAAAGCUUUGGAUACUUGUGGCAUUGGUUCUUCCGAAAUUAAUGUGCAUGGCAUCUCAACCAGUUCAAAUCCGUUGAUUUCAACAGAGAAUAAAGCAUCAUUACAAGUGGAUAAGAUGUUGACCAAGUUCAGGCAACAUGAAAUUGGGACUGAUGGCAAUACACCUGCUUCAGAUCAAGUUGUUGAUGAUACAAAUAAUUAUGUGGUUUGCCACACUGCUGAAACAGAAUCCAAAAGGGAAACUUCUCCUAAUCUUGAUUCAAAAUAUCCUGAAGUUGGCAGCAACUGUGACUUGUCAAAUUUAUCAUUACCACCACAUGAAGACAAAACCCAAACGUCAAGUCACUCAAAUAAUGCUUCUGAUGGAUCAGAACAUAAUGGGUUGAGUCUUGAUCCCAUGGCAUGUUCCAAUGAAAAAAGUAUUCCUUUACCUGAAGACAAUGUUGAAGUGCUUCAGCAGAAUGAGGUCGCUGUUUGUGAGGAUAAAGGGUGCUUGAAGACAGCAGUUGUUCACUGCAACAAAUCAAAUGAUGUGAGUGAGGCUGUGAAUGAGAUAACUUGUAAAGGAGCAGAAGAGGACAUGAAUUCUGUUUCAACAUCUGAUGGCUGUUUGGGUGAAAAGGGUAUUUUGGACAUACGUUUGAGCCCAUCAUUGACUGAUGGGUGUGAUUGCAUUCCACCUGGAUCACCUCCAAAUAUGUCAGUAUGCAAUGUUUCUACAUCAGACAGUAGUAAUAUUCUUCACAAUGGAAGCUGUAGUCCAGAUGUACAUUUACAUCAGAAGCAAACAAUAUCUAGUCAUAUAGGUGUAGAUAAAGAUGGGUUUGUGGCAACUCAAGAAUCAAGUUCUAUGGGAAAGCCAACUGAAGCAGGACGUGCUGCUUUGUUGUACUUCGAAGCAACCCUUGGGACAUUGACAAGGACAAAGGACAGUAUUGGUCGAGCUACACGCAUAGCGAUUGACUGUGCAAAGUUUGGCAUUGCAAAUAAGGUUAUGGAGAUUCUUGCCCACAAUCUAGAAACUGAAUCAAGCCUGCAUAGGAGGGUGGAUUUGUUUUUUCUUGUCGACUCUAUUGCACAAUUUUCUCGAGGAUUGAAAGGUGAUGUUUGUGGAGUAUAUCCAUCAGCUAUCCAAGCAGUCCUUGCACGGCUCUUGUCUGCUGCUGCUCCUCCUGGAAAUAGUGCACAAGAAAAUCGCAGACAGUGUCUUAAGGUUUUAAAGGUGUGGUUAGAGAGAAGAAUCCUACCUGUGUCUGUUAUUCGCCAUCAUAUACGUGAACUGGACUCAUAUAGCAGUUCAGCUCCUGCAGGUCUAUUCUCUCGACGAUCAUUGAGAACAGAGAGGGCCCUAGAUGACCCUAUUAGAGACAUGGAGGGUAUGCUUGUUGACGAAUAUGGAAGCAACUCAAGUUUUCAGCUACCUGGAUUCUGCAUGCCUCGCAUGCUUAAAGAUGAGGAGGAAAAUGAAGGGAGUGAUUCUGAUGGAGGGAACUUCGAGGCUGUCACACCAGAGCAUAAUUCUGAAGUACAGGAAAUGACUUCUACAGUUGAAAAACACAGGCAUAUCCUGGAAGAUGUUGAUGGUGAGCCGCCACUACCGCCACCGCCACCGCCACCGCCACCUCCAAUGCUACAUCCUGUCUCAUCUACCUUAGAUCCAUAUGGAACAGUAGUGAAUUCAAAAGUGUAUACAGAUUCGCAGAUGCAGAUGCAGAAAGACAACGCACCCCACUCUAUGGCUCAGCCAUUGGCUGCACCAAGGUGUAGCCAGCCUAUAAGUGAUGCAAUGCAAUAUCAAGUCUCUGAUUGUAGAGAAAUACCAAUGUCAGAUUCUAAUUGCUCCUUCAACAGUUAUCCUGUACCACCCCCUGACAAUUUUCGACAUUCAGACAAUAUGCACAACAACGGAUACUCUAUUAGGCCUCCACAACAUGUUCCAUCCAAUCAGUUCUCUUUCGUGCAUGGCGAGCAGCAUGUGAAGCACCACCACCAAAGGGAUUUUCCACCACCCUCUUCAUAUUCUAAUAGACCACACUUCAUGCAGAACAUGGAGAGGGAUAACUUAUACAAUAAUCAUGAGAGAAUGAAACAACCUCCAUAUGAUUACCGAGAGGGAUGGGAUGUUCCUCCACCUUAUUCUGGUCCUUGUUAUCACGACAAGGGGGCGCCUCCCCCGUAUGGUUGUCAUCCAUGUGAAUCAAGUAGAAUACCUGGCCAUGGGUGGAGAUUUCCUCCCCGAUCAAUAAAUCAUAGGAACUCCAUGGCUUAUAAACCACCCUUUGAGGACGCUAUUCCAGUGACAAACAGAGGUCCAGGCUUUUGGCAGCCGAGGUAAUCUGAAAUCACCAAGAAAUCAACCCCGUCCGGUAUACUUACACGGUCAUCCGCAAAUUGUCCUUCCUUCUUGUGAUUAAAAUUUCACUGCCUUUUAAUUUAAGGUGUGACCUACUUUUUGGCCUGAGCUAUGGCUUUGUUUAUUUCCCCCAUCAUUCUGUACAUGCAAUAUUCCCUUGAACUCUCAGCAGAAUUUGCAAUGUAUAUGUGAAUGAUCCAACUUAGAUUUGUAUAUAUAUGUAUUUUAGCCUCUUCUGCAGAGAUAGCAGGGCAGGAACAGUCACUGUAGAGUUGUUGGAGGGUUUGUACCUACUUAGGUUGUCAAAGUCCCAAAUUUUUUAGCCCCAAAAGUUCUAUAAUUUAUUUAAUGGGAGCCCUUAUAGAAGUUAGAUCAA